UUCCAUCCGCGUUCGCGAGCGGUUGUGCCAUGUGUCCCAUUUCGACGGCCCUCUUCCUAAUCGCGGCCUUCUUGGCCUUGAUCUACGUCUUCCUGACCUGGAACUUCAACUACUGGAAGAAAAGAGGCAUUCCGACAGCCAAAUCUUGGCCUUUUGUGGGCAGCUUUCCCAGCAUUUUCACCCAGAAGCGGAACGUCGUCUACGACAUCGACGAGAUCUACGAGCAGUACAAAAGCACCGAUAGCAUCGUGGGUGUGUUCAACACUAGAAUGCCACAACUUAUGGUUACGACACCUGAAUAUGCACACAAGAUAUUCGUUAGCGACUUUCGCAGUUUCCACGACAAUGAGAUGUCCAAGUUUACCACCCAAAAAUCGGACAAGAUAUUGGCCAACAAUCCGUUUAUUCUGACUGGAGAGUCCUGGAAGGAAAGACGAGCAGAGGUGACACCCGGACUCUCUGCCAAUCGAGUUAAAGCUUCCUAUCCGGUUUCACAACGUGUUUGCAAGAAGUUUGUUGACUACAUCAAACGACAGCUGGUGAUGGCCUCCUCCGAUGGCCUGAAUGCCAAGGAUCUGUGCUUGUGCUACACCACCGAAGUGGUUUCGGAUUGUGUUCUGGGAAUCUCCGCCCAGAGCUUUACGGACAAUCCCACUCCUCUCAAGGGAAUGAUCAAGCGGGUUUUUGAGCAGUCAUUUGGAUUUAUUUUAUACAUGGUGGUGGUCAAUAUAUGGCCUCCAAUCCAAAAAAUCUACAGCGUAGGUCUGUUCUCCAAGGAGGUAGAGGAGUUCUUCUACGGCAUCAUGAGGAAGUGCAUCCAAAUGCGGCGGGAUAAUCCGGAUCAACAGCGAGAUGACUUCCUCAACUACAUGCUGCAGUUGCAGGAGAAAAAGGGAUUGGAUGCAGUGGAAUUGACUUCACACACAAUGACAUUUUUAACAGAUGGAUUCGAAACCACAGCUCAGGUUCUAUCUCAUGCUCUACUUUUGCUGGGAAGGAACCCAGCGGAGCAGCAAAAACUGAGGGAGGAAAUCGGUAAAGGCGAGUUUACCUUUGAACAGCUGAGCGAACUGCCUUUUAUCGAGGCCUGCAUUCAUGAAACACUGCGACUUUUCCCACCUCUGUUGGCCGCACGAAAAGUGGUAACCGAGCCCUACGAAUUUGUUAACAAAAAUGGAGUGAGCGUUAAAGUUUAUCCCGGAGAUGUGGUCAUCAUUCCAGUCAAUGCCCUUCACUACGAUGCCCAAUACUUCGAAGAUCCCCACUCCUUCAAGCCUCAACGAUUUCUGGAGGCCAAUGGUGGAGCCAAAAAGUACCGAGAUCAGGGAGUUUACUUUGGCUUUGGCGAUGGACCACGCAUUUGUCCAGGCAUGCGGUUUGCACUCACCCAAGUUAAAGCCGCUCUGGUGGAGAUCGUUAAAAACUUUGACAUCAAAGUUAAUCCCAAAACCCGCACAGAUAAUCAGUUCGAUGAUACCUACUUUAUGGCUGCUUUGAAGGGAGGCAUUUGGAUAGAUUUUGUGGAGCGAAAAUAGACAACCAAAACGAUAAAGACAUAUAUCUCAUUUCCAACAUUUUGCUUUUAUAUUUUACAUAUUGUCACAAAUUAUAAACAGAUAACCCUUGUACAACGAAAACGAAUUUUUCUGAAAACA